AUGGCAUCUUCUGAAAAUAUGAAAGUUGAAAGAGAAAUCACGGAAAGGGGACACAAAGAUGAAGAGAGAAAUGAAGAGAAUGGGGGAUUCAUGGAUAAGAUCAAGGAUUUUAUCCAUGACAUUGGAGAAAAGAUUGAAGGUGCUGUAAGGUUUGGGAAGCCAACAGCAGAUUUUAAGGCAGUUCACCUUCCUUCAAUCAAUUUGCAUAAGGCAGAUCUUGUUGUGGAUGUGCUAGUUUCAAACCCAAAUCCUAUUCCAAUUCCUCUUGUAGAUAUUGACUACUCAGUUGAAAGUGAUGGUAGAAAGCUUGUGUCAGGGCUGAUUCCAGAUGCUGGAACAAUUCAUGCACAUGGCUCAGAGAAUGUAAAGAUACCAGUAACAUUGAUAUUUCAUGAUAUUAAGAGUACUUACGAUGAUAUUAAACCUGGAAGUGUUAUACCUUAUAGAGUGAAGAUUGCUCUCCUUGUGGAUGUGCCUAUUUUUGGAAGGCUAACUCUUCCUUUGGAGAAGAAAGGUGAAAUUCCUGUGCCUUACAAACCUGAUGUUGAUAUUCAAAAGAUACAUUUUGGCAAGUUCUCCCUUGAAGAAACUGUUGCAACCCUGCACUUGAAAAUAGAGAACAAUAAUGACUUUGAAUUAUCAUUAAAUAAGCUAGAGUGCGAAAUUUGGCUAUCUGAUGUGAGCAUUGGAAGUGUUGAGCUUUACAAAUCUAUAAAGAUUGCCAAAAAAGGAAUUAGUAGGAUUCAGAUUCCAAUGACUUUUCGACCUAAAGACCUGGGUUCUGCUAUUUGGGACAUGAUUAGAAGAAGAGGUACUAGAUAUUCGAUCAAAGGAAACAUUGAUGUGGACACUCCUUUCGGACCAAUGAAGUUGCCAAUUAGCAAGGAGGGUGGAAAAACUCACCUAAAGAAAGGUGAAGAAGAAGAAGAUGAUGAUGAGGUUUGA